AUGCUGGCUUGUACGGAGAUGAUCACUAUGUGCCUGCAGUCGGCCAAACAGAAGCAUCUUCGGGCUCAGCAGCAGCAACAGCAGCCGCAGCACAGCGCCGGACAAGGGCUUUCUAUCUUUCAUGAUAUUUUCCGCCGAGCAGACAAAAACGAUGAUGGCAAGCUUUCAUUUGAGGAGUUCAAUGCUUACUUUGCCGACGGGAUCCUGACAACUGAGGAGCUGCAGGAGCUUUUCUACUCCAUAGAUGGCCGACAAAAUAACAAUCUGGACACUGACAAGCUAUCAGAUUAUUUCUCUGAGCACCUGGGGGAGUAUCUCAAUGUACUUUCAGCUCUGGAGAGCCUGAAUGUGGCCAUUUUAAAGGCAAUGGAUAAAACUAAAGAGGAGUACCAGGGUUCCAGUGUGUUGGGCCAGUUUGUCACCAGGUUCAUGCUAAGAGAGACGUCCAGUCAGCUGCUGUCUCUACAGAGGUCCCUGCAGUGUGCCAUGGAGGCUGUGGAAGAGCAGAGCAGCCCUGCCCCGAGAGAGGUAAAGGCACCAGAGCUGACAGCAGUACAGAAGAAUGGCAGGCGGUGUGGUCGCAGGAUCCAUAACAACCUGUGUAUGUCCCCAUCAGACCCCUGCUCUGGCAUCAUCACCACGGGUGUUUGCAUGGAAGAUGGAGAGAACUGGUGCUCUCAAAUCAACAGGCUGCAGCAACUGCUGGAUAAACUGGAGUGUCAGGGUCCGAAGUUGGAGCCACUGAAAGAGGACACACUGGCCAGCACGUACAAGUCUAACAUCCUGUUGGUUCAGAGGCAGAUGUCGGUGACCGAUGAAGAUCUGGACAACUUCCGGAAAGUUCUGAAGAGCUACAUCGAUGCCACUGCAGCAAACUCUGACAACCUGCACGUGUCCGUUCAGAAGCUACCGGGAAAGUUGUGUUAUAUAAUGUAUGAGUUCUGGCAAGACCGCAUCUCCUGGAUGAGCUACCUGCAGUCCAACAGCAGUAAAGAUUUCCAGCGCUGCGCCAUUGACAUGUUGGAGGAUGCUGAAGUAGUUUCUACCAUGUUGCUUCCAGCUUCCUGGUGGAUUAUGACUAACAACUAGCGACUGAAUCCAGAAUGUCACAUCUACUGCCUACACUGUCACACGGACAAAGACACACUGGAGCA